AAAAUUGCUUCCCCAACCUCCAAAAUCGCCCCAACAGUCACCAGCGACAACUUAACGAACCCUUCGCCAGCCCAGUCCCACCUCAAAAGAGCGCGCGUUGCAUCUCAGCUCAAUAGAAGGCGGGUGUUUGUUAUUGUUUCGCCUUGUCCGAUCUGAUCCUUGGGAAUCACACCACGCCAACUUGCUCCAGCUUCAACCAUCUGGCCAGCCGUCAAGACGACUUCAACGUCCUGGUGCUUCACCCCGUUGGUUCGCCAAUCAUAAUGUCUACCUUCUAUCAUUUCACUGCCCACCAGCAGCACCCGACGCCGGCCGCAGCCGCCGCUGUCUCACACAGCCACCAUGGAGGGCGGAAUCGCAGGGCGCCGAGGCUAUCCGUUGCCCAGAAUCAGCAGAAACAGUUUCGGGGUAUCAAGAGCAUGAGGGAGCUUACCGACACCGCGAAUCUCUCGGCUUUCCGCAUGCGGUUCGAGGCCGGGCGGUCGUUUGACCUGGAAGACGACAUGGAGUUCUGUCCAAACCUGUUGACUGAGAGCGAUCUCGUCUCGAUUCACAGCUCUGCGUCGGAGCGGUCAUCAUUGGCGAGUAACUCGCCGCAGGGCUCGCCGACCCAGCAGCCUACCCAAGUCGCCUCGGGUUUCAUGCUGCACUCGGCGUCUCCAGCCUUUGUUCCUCCGCCGUAUCAAACUCAGCAACCGGCCUUGAAGCUCCACCAGCCUUCUGCUACCCGUCCCCGCAACGCCAUCCCCAUCGUUAACCCUGCUACCGGCAUCUCGGUGUCGAGCCCGUCGCCCUCGGCGUCGCCCGCCAGGAUGCAGCAGUCGGUCGGUCGACGGUGGUAAAGUGGUCGAUGUCUCGCUUCUGUGACGCCCAGACACCACUUUGGCUUACCUGAUUCCGCCGUCGCCGUUGCACUACGUUUGCAAAAUCACUGCGCGCAUUCGCUCAUUCCGCAGUUGCUCAUCUUGGCGGGCACCGACAUCCAGGCUGGCAGGCAUCGAAUUUUUUUUCCACCCUCUGGCAGGCGCGGGUGACGAACAAAAGUUUUCCGAGGUCGACUGGAUCUUCGACUUGGCAACCUCACGAUACCCCACCUGUACAAACAAACACUCUGAUCGACAUAUUACCAUUCCCUCCUUCACAGCGACAAUACGUUGGGAUUUCGGACGGCGCAAUGAGAGAAUAGUCGAUACCUGUUUCGCAAAACAAUUCUUCCGGAUACGGUGUUCCCGCCUCUCAAGGUGCGGACUGCGGCUUCUUCUUUCCUUUUCGACUACGACGAAAUGGGCGUUUCUCGGCGGUUUUUGCAUUCUCGUCAAGCCAACUUAUUUUUGCAUCGGCGUCUCGCGGCGGAGUUCUUCGGUUUGCUUGUUUCUCUGAUACCAUGCAUUUGGUGUUUUGGGCGUGCUCUUUUCUCAUCAUCACGGAAGCGGCGACUUUUUCAUCGUUACGAUCAAAAGUCUAACGGUUCACGGGUCCACGAUUUCAAAGAAAAAAAGAAUAUCGACAUAUAGAACGACUUCUCGGCGGAUAGGUGGGAGGUGUCUGUUUCGCACGGCCUGGGUGUUCUCGAUCUUUUGAGGGACUACAUGGGCGAUUAUCUCUCUGGUGUAGGGCGGGCGGCAAAGACAAUUGUGCGGGCUUUGUUGUUGUUGGACAUCUCGGAAAGAAAGCUGGUAUUUCCGGGUCGGUUUUGGGGCUGGGGCAGGAUGAGGAGUUGGGUUGAUAUUUUCCCUUUUUCUUCUCAUGUCCAGUCCUCCAUUUGGCUUCGCUUGUAUCAUGGGUUGAUGGUGGGCAAGCCGCGAACGGGGCGCCCAUCCUUAUAUCCUUUUUUAUUUUUUUUUCUUUUCUUUUUCUUGUCUGGAUUAUUUUGGAGCUGCAUAUCGGAUACGGUUACCGGCGGGAAGGGGAAACGUUCGCAUUUCUUGCUUGCUUGGGUCCCUGGGUUGUCUGGAGGCUUCACUUAUUGCACACCUAUUCGGAGCUGGGAUCGCUGGGGUUGGUUCAGCAUUCAGGACUCGGGAGCGGGCGCGCGUGCGAAGCGUUGUGUUGAUGUCCACCGUCGGGUCGGGUCGGUCGGGUCGGUUCGGUUCGUUUGGGCCAGGUGGUAGGUGUUUUGUUGGAGCGACUGGAUUCUCUGUUCGAAAGCUGUUGUGGGAUAGUUGGAUGGUGUCAGCGAGUUAAGGUGUGUCGAACUGCUUUUCCUGGCUUAUCCCCCCCGGCUCCGGCUUUGGCGGCAGCGCGGCGUUUUUGUAUGCCACGAUAUUGAAGCGCGCAAGCAAGUAAGCGAUGCUCUGGUUACGGGAAUUGAAAUAUGGCGACAUGUUGCGCCUCUUCGCUCUGA